AAGAAAUAGCCUAGCGGGCUGGGCAAAACCGGGGUGCGGCCUCAUAAGGCAGGCAAUAGUAGCCGGCCAUAUACCGUAUGUACGUGUGUCUUGCAAUAUCUACACACGUAGAAGCGUCCUGCGUAUGUCAAAAAGCAAGGAGAUCUCGUGGGAUGGCGUUAAUCUCUAUGGGCUCGUAACUGAUGGUGCCAUCCAUCCUAUGAACUAGUUGGUUUUAGAGGCGCAGUCUGAUGUCCAUUGGCUUACUGCAUGCUAAACAUGGUUGGUGCACUUGUAACAAUAGGUAGACCCGGACCCGCACAUCUUCAUCCAUUCCCUAGCGGGCACAGCUGAGAGCUGACAGGCCCCCCUGCUCCUCUUACUUUCCUUUCCUUCCUCUCACGCCCGGACGAUUUUCCUCGUCUUUCCUAUCGUUUCUUCGAUUUGGAUCUUGCUUAGUGCUUUCAACCAAGUUUCCGGCUGUAUCAUUGGUGCAACAAAGAUUCAUACAUACGAAGGCGAGCGCACUUGGUUGAGAUACCCUUGAUGUUGGAUAUGUGCUGAGAUUUGGGUAUCUGGGCUUCUGGGAGUUUUAUGACAACGAUAUCCCGAUAUUUGCUCACACGACGAUGCGGCUCGAUGCCUCGAGAUUCGGGAUCCUGGCCUCUUUAGUAGGGUUGGUGGGAGCGGAAGACGAUGCUUCUCGUACUACCGGUGGAGCUAUGUCGGCUCCGACCGGCGGGACGGGAACGGCGACGAUAGGGUCUUCCCCGAACUCAGUAAUUCAAGUGCAGAAUCUUCCGACGCCCGCCAUUUAUAAGCCGCAAGGAACGGACCAGAUCAUAUAUUUCAGUAAGGGGCAAGGUAUCAGCGAGUUGAACGUUAGUGCUAUCUACCUAAAGCGGUUUAAGGAUAAGAUUACCGUUGCGAUGGGAAAGAUGAGCGGCACGAGCCAGACAGGUACUACGGCGGGCUCUUUCUUGGAUGGACAGCUAGUAGCAGAAAGACAAGACCAGUUUCCACCUAGCUUUUUCCCGGCAACUAAUGAAAGCUUGACUCUUAUGCUUACGGGCGAUCUUACGCUUACCUACGGCGAUAACCUUAUGCAGCCUUUAUACUACGAGAUUCAAUGGGAGAAUACCACAUCUAGUGGUACUAGUUACAGUCCUGUCCUUGCCGUUACCUACAGCCAAGGAUACGACGAGGCCAGCCGUCUUAUUAAAAAUACCGGAAAGGAGUCAAGUCCAGCAUUUCAGGAGGAUAUCGAGGGAUCUUCGAGUAACCCAGAAAGUUCCGGGGUGUCGACGGUUACGGCAACGCCCGCUGCCGAAACUUCUGUUCAACAGGCUUCGGAGGCGUCUCUCGGACAUCGAGGACUAAGUACCGGCGCUAUUGUAGGUAUCGCGGUAGGCUGUGCCGUCGUGGUUAUCAUUCUUGUUGUGGCCUUGGUAUGGUUCUUUUGUCUACGGCGUCGCAACAGCGGCGAGCGCGUUGGUGGCACAGAUUACACGGCGGCCUCAGGUUCGCACGCUAUGAUCGCGGAUAAAGAGGUGGCUAAUAUAUCGGAAUCAUCACCACGCUCAACAUUCCCGCCUGAUCAUAGCGGACGCUUACACGACCAACGCGACAGUAUAGUGCGCCCUGACGACGCGUCUUAUGCGCCCUAUUCGGACCGUGCGCCUUCACCGCCAUUGCCUCCGGGCGCGGCGUUUGCUACGAAUAGCCAGUCAGACCUAGCGUCCGCCGGUCGCCCCAGUACAACAACACCUCCGUUCCAGUCCCGCUACGCGCAUCUGAUCGAAGAAGGUAUGACGGAGGAAGAGAUCCGAAGGCUGGAGGAAGAGGAGCGACACCUAGACGCGGCGAUCGAGGACGCAGGACGAAAUAGCCGCGCGGCGCACCAACCGUGACAGCGGCAAACAGCAAUAGCGUAGUGAUGUUAUUAACAGCCCCUGAUGUUUUUCAAGCGAUGUGGGAGUUCUAAUGGGUCUUAUAUCAUGCUAAUUUUAUGUGUAUGUGGUGGAUGUGAGAAUACGUAGGACCAGGAGGAAGAGCAAGGAAAAUUACCCCCUUACGCGUAUAUAUGACUUCAUACUUUCGUUACUCCUAUAUACCCCGUGUAGCAAGUAGAAGGGAUGGGCUUUUCGUGGGGACUGAACUGAGGAACGAUGUAAUAUGUCCGUUCCGUGAGGGUUAAGAUAGGUAGUGAGCUGGUGUGAAAGCUUCAAGUCUAACUGGCUUGUAUAUAUAUACCUACCUUAUAUACGGAUCUAUUGGACUAUUUAACUGUUUAUAGGAUCGUAAUUGGGGAUAUGAAUGGCUUUGGGUGUUGGGAGGUUGUAUAUAUUGCCACGUGAUUAGCCUCCUUUUGAGCCGUGGUUACGCUUGUGCGACACAAGUAGAUGCAACGACGUAGAUGUUAAUAUGGUCGAUACGAUAGGAACCCUGAAUAUAACAGUAACUUAGUUAAUCUCUCAUAUUGG